AUGGCGAGAACAGUAUAUGCCCAAUUUUGCGCUGGGGAAACACCUACUGAAGUACGCCAUUGUAUCCAAGGCAUCAAGCAUCUUGGGUAUUCUGGCGUAAUUCUAGGAUAUGCAAGGGAAUUGGUCAUAGACGAGAGCGAGAUAUCAGCUCUAGGAAAAGGUACGGGGCCGGCAAACGAAAUAAAGCUACAAGAAGAUAUCCUGGCGUGGAGGGACGGGACGAUAGCAACCGUGAAGCUAGCAGGAGAAGGCGAUUUUGUGGCGAUCAAGUUCACGGGAGCAGGACAAGGGGCAGUCCAGCAACUUCUUCGAAAGCAACGUCCAUCCCCCGAUUUUGAACAAGCGAUAGUCGAGAUUUGUGAUACAGCCGCAGAUCGAGGAGUUAGAUUGCUCAUCGAUGCAGAACAACAAGCGGUGCAACCAGCCAUCGAUGCGUGGACCAUUGAGUUCUCACGACGAUAUAACGCUGGGUCAAAUCGGCGAGCUCUAAUAUAUGGAACCUACCAGGCUUAUCUGCGCUCCACGCCAUGCACCCUUGCCAAACAUCUGGCAAUAGCACAAUCGGAAGGUUUUGUACUCGGUGUGAAAUUAGUUCGAGGAGCGUACUUGGGAACAGAGCCACGACACCUGAUUUGGGACACCAAAGAGUCAACAGAUCGGACAUACAAUGCGAUAGCUGAAAGUCUAAUAAGACAGCGAUACAGUGAGGUCCUUAGAGAGCCAGAGAAAGGCCCAAAAUCAUUCCCUGAGGUCAAUCUGGUGCUCGCGUCGCACAACCGCGCCUCCGUCCAGCGAGCCCUCGAGGUUCAAAAGGAACAAGAUUGGCAAAACCAGCAUCAGAUUGAGAUGGUGUAUGCUCAAUUAUACGGAAUGGCCGAUGACAUAAGCUGCGAACUCGUGGAGCGAGGUGCACGCGCUCGAACCAUGGAGGGGGGUCCAGUGGAAAUUCCAAAGGCAUAUAAAGCCCUCAUCUGGGGCACUGUUGGCGAGUGCACAAAAUAUCUGCUUCGCAGAGGAGAAGAAAACCGGGAUGCCGCGCUGAGAACGGCGGACACGCAUAAGGCGAUGAUGAAAGAAUUCAAGAGGAGAAUACGGCUAGGGAGAUGA